AUGAAUAAAGAUACAUAAUAUGAAGCAUUAUAUAAAUUUAUUAUAAUUGGAAAUACAUGUUGUGGUAAAACCUGUAUUUUGCAUAAUUUUUUGGAAGGAAAAUUCAAAAAGAAUUCUUCGUAUACAAUAGGAGUAGAAUUUAGUUCAAAAAUAAUAUAAAUAAAUAAUAAAAAUAUAAAACUUUAAAUUUGGGACACUGCUGGUUAAGAGCGAUUUAAAUCAGUAGCAAGAACAUAUUAUAGAGGUGCAUUAGGAGCAAUAAUAGUUUAUGAUAUUACAAAUGCAGAAUCAUUUCAUGCAGUUAAAUAAUGGAUUUAAGAUACAAGAGAUCUUGCUAGAAAUAAUAUUAGUAUAGUAGUUUGUGGCAAUAAAUGUGAUUUGAAAGAUGAAAGAUAAGUUUAAUAUUUGGAAGGAGAAAGAUUCUGUGCUAGUAUGAAUGUCGGAUUUUUCGAAACUUCGGCUAUUACAAGUGAGAAUAUUGAACAAAGUUUUAUUGAAGCUGCUAGAAAUAUUUAUGAUAUGAUAGAAAAAGGACUUAUUGAUAAUUCGGAAUUAUAACCUAGAUUAGCAUAUAAUUUAAAAAAAGAUGAUAAAAAUGAUGAUAAUAAUACUUUUAAGAGUUGUAGUUGUUGA